AUGCAUGCCUGCUUAUUUGCAGAUGAAGCUUGUCCAGCUGAAAGUGAGAAUUGUCCAGGUGAAAAUGAGACCUGUCCAGCCGAAAGCGAGACCUGUUCAGCCGAAAGUGAGACCUAUCCAGUCGAAAUUGAGACUCGCAUUGCCGAAAUUGAGACUUCAGCUGAAAAUGUGACUUGUCCAGCCGAAAGUGAGACUUGUCCAGCCGAAAGUGAGACCUGUUCAGCCGAAAGCGAGACCUGUUCAGCCGAAAAUGUGAUCUGUCCAGUCGAAAUUGAGACUCGCAUUGCCGAAAUUGAGCCUUCAGCUGAAAAUGAGACUUGUCCAGCCGAAAGUGAGACCUGUCCAGUGGAAAGUGAGACUUGUCCAGCCGAAAGUGAGACUUAUCCAGCUGAAAAAGUGACCUAUCCAGCCGAAAGUGAGACUUAUCCAGCUGAAAAUGUGACUUGUCCAGCCGAAAGUGAGACCUGUCCAGCCGAAAGCGAGACUUGUUCAGCCGAAAAUGUGAUCUGUCCAGUCGAAAUUGAGACUCGCAUUGCCGAAAUUGAGCCUUCAGCUGAAAAAGUGACCUGUCCAGCCGAAAGUGAGACUUAUCCAGCUGAAAAUGAGACUUGUCCAGUCGAAAUUGAGACUCGCAUUGCCGAAAUUGAGCCUUCAGCUGAAAAAGUGACCUGUCCAGCCGAAAGUGAGACUUAUCCAGCUGAAAAUGAGACUUGUCCAGCCGAAAGUGAGACCUGUCCAGCCGAAAGCGAGACCUGUCCAGUGGAAAGUGAGACUUGUCCAGCCGAAAUUGAGACUUGCCCAGUCGAACUUGAGACUUGCAUUGCCGAUUUUCAAGUCGAAAUUGAGACUCGCAUUUCCGAAAUUGAGACUCGCAUUGCCGAAAUUGAGCCUUCAGCUGAAAAUGUGACCUGUCCAGCCGAAAAUGCGACUUAUCCACUCGAAAAUGAAACCUGUGCAGUCAAAAUUGAGACUUGCAUUGCGGAUUGUCCAGUUGAAACUGAUACUCACAUUGCCGAAAAUGAGAGUUGCCCAGCUGAAAUAGAGACCUAUUCACCCGAAAUUAAGACUUAUCUUGUCGAAACUGAUACUUGCCCAGCUGAAAUUGAGACCUAUUCAGUCGAAAUUGAGACUUGCAUUGCCGAUUGUCCAGUUGAAAUUGAUACUCACACUGCCGAAUUUGAGACUUGUCCAACCGAAAAUGCGACUUAUCCAGUCGAAAUUGAGACUUGUAUCCCCGAAAUUGAGAUUUGUCCAGCAGAAAUUGAGACUUGCAUUGCCGAUUGUCCAGUUGAAACUGAUACUCACAUUGCCGAAUUUGAGACCUGUCCAGUCGAAAGCGAGACCUGUCCAGUGGAAAGUGAGACUUGUCCAGCCGAAAGUGAGACUUAUCCAGCUGAAAAUGUGACUUGUCUAGCCGAAAGUGAGAUCUGUCCAGUCGAAAUUGAGACUUGUAUUGCCGAAAUUGUGACUUGUCUAUCAGAAAGUGAGACUUAUCCUGUAGAACUUGAGACUCAAAUUGACACUAUUACUGCUACACAAGAUGAAGAAUUAUGCUCACCUUCUAAUGAAGAAAGCAAUAUUUGUCACACAGCGGAAGUAAACGCCACAAUAAAACAUGGAAAUCCACAGCAGGAAGAUGACGACAAUUGUCCGUGUUUACAUUCUCACACCGAACCUCCCACCGAUAUUCUCGCUCUCGACGAAGAAUACAGUGAAGCCGACUCCCCCAUUUGCAUCUCUGAUGAUGACCAAUUUUUCGAAAAUGUAAAAAAUAUCAACGAAUUCAUCAACAAAGUUCAAUCCAAGGAAAAAGAUAGCGACACGGAUGAAACCACGUCACACUACUUCGAGGAUGACAGCGAAGAAGCAGAAGAAAUCACCGAACAAACUUAUCCUGAGCCGGACCCAUUACCAAUUUCAUCCCCCACCGACGAUACCGACAAUGACAAUAAACACGAUAAAAUUGGGCCAACCUUUGUCAGCGUCCCUGUCAUUUCCGUAAGUCGGAUAAGCCUCAACGAUGCUGAUCCGGCAUCCUGGGGUGACCUUGUCCACCUCAUUUCUCAAGUCCCCUGCGCUGGGUCCGUUUUGUCGAGGGUGGAAUCCGACGGGGAAAGUACGGAUAGCGAAACAGACACUGAUUUCAUGAACUUGAUUACGAAUUCGAUAUCAAAAUCCGACGUCACACUGCAAGCACGAGACCCCAUCAGUCUGUGUGGUCAUAGUGGCGACGAAGUUAAGGAAAAGUGUGACAUCGUCGUGGCUGAAUCCAGUCUGACCAAAGAAAUGAAUGCUAAUGGUGAAAAAAUCGUGACAAAAUCUUCUGAAAUCUUGAUGGAUACAAAAACCAGUCCCACAACCAUUCUAAAGUUUCAACCAACGUCGAAAGUCUCUCCUCUCCACUUGAUUUUGGAAGACACACCGAAAAAACAGAGACGAAAUGAUUCGACGACUACGCCGCAGCAAGGAAAUGAUAAUAAGUUGCAUCAACUCGGAAACAUUCUCGCAGCACCGUUCAGAACUAUUUUGAAUUUCUUUAGAAUUAAGAAAACGUAAAUAAUACUCUUCUUAGAGGUGGAUUAUACAUAGCUUAAUUUUACUUAAUUUGAAAAUGACAUGAAUAAAAAAUGCUCGGAACUGGCAAAGUGUAAAUCAAGAGUUU